AUGAUUCCUGCUAGCAACGAUCCUCCGUAUAAAGAACUUUUUCGCAAGGAUCGUCUGGCAUUCACCGAGCAUUUCACAGCUGCCAUCCGCUCUUUUAGCCUGUCUAAUGACUCGGACAUCCCGGCUCGUUCGCCUUUCCUGAUGACAGACGAUGAGCUACAGACUUUCCAGUUGUUAAUCAAGAGUAAGAGUGUUUACACUCAUUGGGUAACAAAGUACGCCAUUCGUAUUGCUCGAUAUAUCGAGGCAGCUACUGGGGCUCUGGAUGCAUUUGUCACGGCUCACUCUGAGAUGGCAGAAGUCCUCCCUGUACAUCUUUAUUUAUAUGAGGUGCAGGAGGGUGGAUCUAUUCCAGAAUAG